AUGGAGGAAGAGACACGAGAAAAACUAAAGCUUCACCCGGUCAAGGAGAUCACCUACGGAGCCAUUUCAGGGAUGGUGGGCAAACUAGUCGAGUUCCCCUUUGACACCAUCAAGGUCCGACUACAAUCAAGUCAACUGCACAACGCAAGCACACUCCGCAUGAUCUCACAGACAUAUCAUAACGAAGGGGUAAUACAUGGCUUCUACAAAGGGCUAAAAGCGCCUCUUUUGGGCGCGUGCUUGGAAACGGCGGUGUUGUUCAGCAGCUACAACUAUGCGUCUACCGUGUUGGCCAAACAACUUGGCCAUUGCCGCGAGGGAAGCGAAAGCAUACCGCUUUGGAACAAGUGUGUGUCUGGAGGCUUUGCCGGCUUCAUGGCCAGCUUUAUAUUGACGCCCGUGGAACUAGUCAAGUGCCAGCUCCAAGUUUCCAACAUGGCCACUGCCACUACCACUAGCAAAAACCAACUGCAUUCGUAUUCCUCGGUUAUCCAGUCCACGCUUCGAGAUAAAGGCGUCACUGGACUUUGGAAAGGGUUAGAGUCGACAAUGAUCCGUGAGGUGGUGGGUACCUCCAUCUGGUUUGGCAGUUACGAGUACAUCAAUGCGCACUUCAACUCGGCCAAGAACCCCGUGAUCAAAAACAAAGAUUUGCAGUUGUUGUUCAGCGGAGCCAUGGCAGGAGUAGCUUUCAACCUUUCCAUGUUCCCCGUUGACACCAUCAAGUCCAACAUCCAGACGUAUGAUAUAUUGAACAAGACGGAGCAUAAGCACAUCAACACUGAUUUUUGGAAAGAAACGCGAAAACUUUUGCGUUUGCCCGGGGGCAUCAUGAACUUGUAUAAAGGGUUGGGCAUCACCAUGGUGCGUUGCAUUCCCGCAAACGCACUAAUUUUCUAUACUUAUGAGAUUUUGAAACGAAAUUUUUAA